AGCCUACCAACUUCGAGUCUGCCAACCUCCAACAAAUAUACCAAAUGCUGAAAUUUUGACUGAGGAUGAUGAAUUUGAAAUAGGAGACAUAAUAAGGUACCAAUGUCAACCAGGCUUUACAUUGGUUGGUAAUGAGAUUCUGACCUGUCGACUAGGAGAAAGACUUCAAAUGGAUGGAGCACCACCUACUUGUCAAGUGCUCUGUCCAGCCAAUGAAAUGCGCCUGGAUUCAACAGGAAUCAUUCUGAGCCCUGGUUAUCCUGACAGCUACCCAAAUCUGCAGAUGUGUGCUUGGACCAUUACUGUGGAAAAGGGUUAUAAUAUCAGCAUGUUCUUCGAGUUCUUCCAGACAGAAAAGGAAUUUGAUAUACUUGAGGUGUUUGAUGGACCAAACAGUCAUAGCCCAUUGCUCAUUUCUCUCAGUGGGGACUAUUCAUCUUCUUUAAAUAUAACUAGCAAUAGUCAUGAGGUAUUCCUCCGGUGGUCAGCGGAUCAUGGCACAAAUAAGAAAGGUUUCAGGAUAAGAUAUAUAGCUCUCUAUUGCAGCACUCCAGAGUCUCCUCCACAUGGUUUCAUAGUCAGUCAGACAGGUGGGCAGCUCAACAGUAUGGUCCGCUGGGCUUGUGAUCGAGGUUUUCGGCUCAUUGGGAAAAGUACUGCUGUAUGCAGGAAGUCUCCGUAUGGUUAUUAUUCAUGGGAUGUGCCAGUCCCUGCUUGUCAAGCAAUAUCUUGUGGAAUUCCUAAAGCUCCAGUAAAUGGUGGAAUAUUAACCACAGAUUACUUAGUUGGCACCCGCGUUACUUACUUUUGCAAUGAUGGGUAUAGACUAUCAGCCAAAGAACUUACUACUGCAGUCUGCCAGCCAGAUGGUACAUGGAGCAAUCACAACAAAACACCUCGCUGUGUAGUUGUUACGUGUCCAAGCAUCAAUUCUUUCACACUGGAGCAUGGAAGAUGGAAAAUAGUGAAUGGUUCACAUUAUGAGUAUAAAACAAAAGUAGUUUUCAGCUGUGAUCCAGGCUACUAUGGCUUGGGACCAGCAUCUAUUGAGUGUCUUGCUAAUGGUACCUGGAGUUGGAGAAAUGAGAGGCCUUACUGUCAAAUUAUUUCUUGUGGAGAACUUCCAACACCUCCAAAUGGAAAUAAGAUCGGAACUCAAAUCACAUAUGGAUCUACAGCUAUAUUUACUUGUGAUUCAGGAUAUAUGUUAGUUGGCUCUACUGUAAGGGAGUGUCUGUCUUCUGGACUCUGGAGUGGAAUUGAAACCAGAUGUCUAGCUGGCCACUGUGGAAUUCCAGAUCUUAUUGUCAACGGUCAAGUAAUCGGAGAAAAUUAUGGAUAUAGAGACACAGUUGUAUACCAGUGCAGUCCUGGUUUUCGGUUGAUUGGUUCUUCUGUACGAAUAUGCCAGCAGGAUCACAACUGGUCUGGACAGCUUCCAUCCUGUGUGCCUGUUAGCUGUGGUCACCCUGGUAGUCCAAUUUAUGGAAGAACAAGUGGAAACGGUUUCAACUUCAACGAUGUUGUCACAUUCUCAUGUAACACUGGGUAUGUUAUGCAAGGACCGAUGAAAGCCCAGUGCCAGGCCAACAGGCAGUGGAGCCAUCCACCGCCCAUAUGCAAAGUGGUCAAUUGUUCUGAUCCUGGAAUUCCUGCAAAUUCUAUAAGAGAGAGUAAAAUUGAACAUGGAAAUUUCACAUAUGGCACAGUGGUAUUUUAUGACUGUAAUCCUGGAUAUUUUUUAUUUGGCUCUUCUGUUUUAAUUUGUCAACCAAAUGGCCACUGGGACAAGCCUCUACCUGAAUGCAUUAGUAAGUAG